CCUAUAAGGCUAUAUAUAUAUAUAAACUUCCGAGCCCUCUUUUCUACACUAGAACAUAAAUCAGCGAUUGGUUUUUUCCCUUUUGCCCUUUUUCCUCACAACUCACAAAGCAAUCAAGCAAUUUUAAGAAUGGGAUCGAAAGGUGGGUGCGGGUGUUGCAGCUGCCUCUGUGGGUGUCUCUUCAGUUGCCUUCUGAGCCUCAUCUUCCAAAUCCUCUUCACGCUCCUCGUCAUCGUGGCGUUGGUGGGCUUCGUCUUCUGGCUCCUCUUCCGCCCUAACGAGGUCAAGUUCCGCGUCACCGACGCCUCGCUCACCCAGUUCAACUUCUCCACCGCCGACAACACGCUCCACUACAACCUUGCCCUCAACAUCUCCGUCAGGAACCCCAACAAGCGCAUCGGCAUCUACUACGACAGCAUCGAGGCCAACGCUUACUACCAGGGCCAGCGAUUCGACACCGAGACUCCGGCGCCGUUUUACCAGGGUCACAAGAACACGUCCGUUCUCAGCCCCGUCUUCAAGGGGCAGCAAUUGGUCACGCUGGGCGCCACAGAGGUCUCCAACUUCGAUUCGGAUAAGUCCGCUGGGAUUUUCGGUAUUACUCUGAAGCUGAAACUUCGGAUCAGAUUCAAGGUGGGUUGGUUCAAGGUCGGCCACUUCAAGCCCAAGAUCAAGUGUGGCUUAAACGUUCCUCUCAAGUCUAAUGCCACAUCAUCACCUGCAACGUUUGAGUCUACCAAGUGCAGCUUCGCUUUCUGAUCAAUCUUCCGGCGGAUCUUCUUCCAUUGAUCGAGCCUUUUUCCCAUGUUUUUGUUAUUCUUUAAUUAUUAUUUUUUAGCGUUAUUAAUAUUUUAUAAUCUUUUUUCCAUGUUGGGUUUCCGUACAUAUAUAAAAAAGUUUUAGUGGCUGUUUCACAAUUUUCCGGCUCCUGA